AUGUUCAUCCAGAAAACGCACCUUUUCAUCAUAGUUUUAGCCACUUCAGCUUGGGGGUUCCCUCUUCGUCACUUCAAUCGAGGCCAAGAGAAUGUGCUUCAAGUUAGAAAUCCCCCCACCUCUGCAGACGUUUAUCAGAGAAUACACAAGAAAAGACAAGCGCCUCCAGAAAAGCCCGCAGGAGGUGGUUCAGGAAUGCCCAGUGAGGCUCCCAAGACACCCGCCACCGAUCCGAAAGCAAAGAUGUCGGCCAAGCCCACCGACAAAACCGAUGGUACUCCUCCGAAGGAAGCCAGUAAAGCCCCGGAAGCUGCUCCCCCCAAUACCAGCAAACCUCCAGAGGCUGCUCCUCCGAAGGAAGCCAGUAAACCUUCAGAAGCUUCUCCUCCAAAGGAAGCAGCUAAGCCUCCAGCCGCUCCUCCAAAGGAAGCAUCUAAGGCUCCAGAAGCCCCUCCAAAGGAAGCAGCCAAGCCCCCAGAAGCUCCUCCAAAGGAAGCGGCUAAGCCUCCGGAAGCUCUUCCAAAGGAAGCAGCUAAGCCUUCAGAGGAUCCUCAAAAGGAAGCAGCUAAGCCUUCAGAGGAUCCUCCAAAGGAAGCAGGUAAGUCUCCAGAGGCUCCUCCAAAGGAAGACGGGAAACCUACCGAAACUGGGGCAGCUCCCGAACCAACCGACAGAACCCCAUCAGAAACUUGGGCGGCCCCCGAACCAGCCGACAAGAAAUCUCCAGAAGCUGACGCCCCUCCAAAAGAAGGCGGUAAGCUUCCGGAAGCUGGGGCGGCUUCUGAACCAGCCGACAAAAAACCUGCAGAAACUACUCCACCGAAGGAGGCCAGCAAAACACCAGAAGCUCCUCCUUCAAAGGAUGCCGGUAAACCUCCAGAAACUGGCGCGGCUCCCGCUCCGACUGAUAAGAAAGACGCAGCCCCACCGGCGCCUGCCCCGUCCAAAGGUCCUGACGUGUCCAAAAUCAAAGAGGCCUUGGCCAAGCACCGGAAGUAUUCGAUGAUUUCACCGCACGACUUAGAAAACAUGGCCAAAAGAAAGCAGAUGCAACCAGCUACCCCCAGCGCACCUGCCCCCGCCCCUAAGGCCCCGGCAACAACUGCCGACGCUAAGGCACCCACCGACGCUAAGGCACCCACCGACGCUAAGGCACCCACCGACGCUAAGGCACCCACCGACGCUAAGGCACCCACCGACGCUAAGGCACCCACCGACGCUAAGGCACCCACCGACGCUAAGGCACCACCCGACGCUAAGGCACCCGCCGACGCUAAGGCACCCACCGACGCUAAGGCACCCGCCGACGCAAAGAAAACCGCCGAUGCUAAGGCACCCGUCGACGCUAAGAAACCUGACGAUGCUAAGACAGCUGCACCGGCAGCCCCAGAAAAAACCCCGAGUGACCCUCCUAAGAGUGGCGGAGGAUCACCUCCUCCAGCAGUCUAG